CCGCGACACUUUGUGGCUCUGUCCUCUCCGAUAUAUUACUCCAGCUGUCCAGCCCCAAGCCCUUUGCACUAGCAGAGCUAAAACCCUUGCGGCGGCUACCUUUCCCUCACCCCCUUUCUCGCCUCGCGGCGGCUACCUUUCCCCCCUUCUCGCCUCUCGCCUCGCGGCGGCUACCUUUCCCCCCUUCUCGCCUCUCGCCUCGCGGCCGCCGCAGGCGACCCCUUGUCGCCUCGUGCUGUCCACCGCCGAAUCUUCCCCAGGUUAGGGAGGGUAUCUGUUGUUUCAGCUCAGUUUUACCGGGGGACUGGUUGUGGGCGGAGAUGUUGGUGCUCUUUGAGACCCCCGCGGGCUUCGCCCUAUUCAAGGUGCUCGACGAGGGUAAGCUCGACAAGGUCGAGGAUCUAUGGAAGGAGUUCACGACGUCGGACUCAGCAAGAAAGGUGGUUGAGCUGAAGGCUUUCAAUAAGUUUGAGAACACAUCUGAUGCUCUAUCUGCGGCAACCCUUAUUAUUGAUAGCAAGCCUAGCAAGGGUCUGCGCAAGUUCUUACAGAAACAUUGUGAGGGUGAAACAUUAGCGGUUGCUGAUUCUAAGCUAGGAAAUGCUAUAAAAGAAAAGCUGAAAAUUGACUGCCUUCACAAUAGUGCUGUGAUGGAGCUGAUGAGAGGGCUGAGAAAUCAGCUCACUGAGCUUAUAACUGGGUUGGGUGCUCAAGACCUUGGCCCAAUGAGCUUGGGAUUGUCCCACAGCCUGUCUAGGUAUAAGCUGAAGUUCAGUCCCGAGAAGGUUGAUACCAUGAUCAUUCAAGCCAUUGGAUUAUUGGAUGAUCUUGACAAGGAGCUUAACACUUAUGCCAUGAGAGUUCGUGAAUGGUAUGGCUGGCACUUUCCAGAGCUCACCAAAAUAGUUACAGAUAAUAUACAGUAUGCCAAAGUUGUGAAGAUGAUGGGAAACAGAACCAAUGCAGUCAAUCUUGACUUCUCUGAGAUAUUAUCAGAUGAAGAGCUAGAAACACAGCUAAAGGAGGCAGCAGUGAUAUCUAUGGGAACAGAAGUUAGUGACCUCGACUUGUCAAAUAUAAGAGAGCUAUGCGAUCAAGUGCUGGCACUUUCUGAGUACAGAGCCCAGCUGUAUGACUAUUUAAAAAGCAGGAUGAACACUAUUGCACCAAAUCUGACAGCCCUAGUGGGUGAAUUAGUUGGUGCUCGCCUUAUUGCACAUGGUGGAAGUUUGCUAAAUUUAGCCAAGCAGCCUGGUAGCACAAUUCAGAUACUUGGUGCAGAGAAGGCUUUAUUCAGAGCUCUAAAGACAAAGCAUUCUACUCCUAAGUAUGGCCUCAUCUACCAUGCAUCCUUAAUUGGUAAGGCUUCUCAAAAGCACAAGGGAAAAAUCUCUCGUUCUCUUGCUGCAAAAACUGCUCUUGCCAUCCGAUAUGAUGCGCUUGGCGAUGGUGAGGACAACUCCAUUGGUACUGAGAGCCGACUUAAGCUUGAGACACGGCUUCAAGUUCUUGAGGGUAGAGAACUUGGGAAAUCUGCUGGUUCCACAAAGGGGAAGCCCAAGAUAGAAGUGUAUGAAAAGGACCGGAAGCAGGGUGCUGGGGCUUUAACAACUCCUGCUAAGACAUACAACCCUGCAGCUGAUCUGGUACUUACUGAAGAAACACCAAAGAAGUCAGAAUUGGCUUCAAAGAAGAGGAAACAUCAUGAGGUUCAAACUGAACCAUCGGCAGAGCUUGCAGAGGGAGCAGUCCAGGAGGAUAGGAAGAAGAAGAAAAAGAACAAGGAAAGCGAGGAGGCUCCUGCUGCUGAAGGUGAUGGUGAGAAGAAAAAGAAAAAGAAGUCCAAGGAUGUCGGGGAAGAGCCUGCUGUGGCUGCUGCUGCUGCCACAGAAGGUGAGAAAAAGAAGAAGAAAAAGAAGUCUGACGCGGACGGUGAGGGUGUUACAACGCAAACCGAAGAGUCUGGUAAGAAAGAUAAGAAGAAAAAGAAGAAAAGGCAUGCCGAUGAUGAGUGAGACAUUCUUCGGAAGAGAAUGUGCGGGUACCAAAUGCUGGGACUCAGCUGUUCUGUAAAAUGGGUAUCACGGGGUUAGAAAACAUAUUGAGAUCAGUUUUUGGGGUUACCUGGUUUUUUUGGGGGACCUGGCUUGUAUUCAACAAUUACUUGCUCGGUCUAGAUGAUGAUGGAAUUUUUAACUUUUGCUGUUGUAACCCCAUAAAUUUAGUAUGAUGAUUGUCAUGGUAACUCUGCAACUGAGAGACCUUCCAUUCUCAAUGCUGACCUGGACUUGCUUUGCCACUCUUGUAAUCGGUAA